AUGAUAUACACAAGUUCUGAUGGUGAUUGGUUCAAUCCAAAUGAAAUCGAUCAAGAUACUGAUUGUGAUGAAGAAUUACACCACCUUUUAAAAUUUGGGAUAAUUGAAGGAAAACAAAUUGAAUCAUUGAAAACAUUAUUUUUUGAACAAACUAUUGAAGAUAGAACAAAAUCACAAUAUAGAGCGAGACACUCAAUUUUUCCAAAUGAAGAUCAACCAAAAUAUUCAGUUCAAUUUUCAAAAUAUCAUUUUGAUUUUAAUUUAAAAGAAGGAGAGAAAUGUAAAGUUGGAGUAACAUUAAAAGAUAAGAUAAAGAUAAAUUCAACAGGUAGUGGUAAAACAACAUUUAAUUUUUGUAAUAUUCCAGUUCAUUCACCAAAUAUAAAGUUAACAUUUACACCAAGUGGUGGUGUUAUAAAGAAAGGACAAUCUGUAGAGAUAUUGGUAGAGAUGGUAGUUUUAUGCACAACAAGGGUUAGAGAAUUGAUAGCAGUGGAUAUUGCCAAUAGUGGCAGACAUUUGUUCACGAUAAAGAUCGAUUCAAAGAUGUCACAGGUUUUAGAUUACAAAGAGUUGGAAAUUGGUAAUGUUAUUGGUGGCGGUGGAUACGGUGCAAUCUACAAAGCAAAAUGGAGGGGUCUUUCAGUGGCAGUCAAAGUCAUCUCGGAACUCUCUGAUGGUAGUGAGUUUGAAAAGGAGUUGGAAAUGCAUAAAGAGUUAUUACAUCAUCCAAAUAUUGUACAUUUUGUUGGUUUUUGCGUUUCACCCAAAUGUUUGGUGUUGGAGUAUAUCGAGGGUGGAAGUUUGGAUAAAUACCUCCACAAUCCAAACUACACCUUCUCGCCACAACUCCGUUUGAAGAUGGCAAAUGAUAUCGCAAAGGGUAUGUGCUUUCUACAUAGAAACGAGAUUUUGCAUUUGGAUUUAAAGCCUCAAAACUUUUUAGUGGUCUCUAUCUCACCAGAAGCGCCCGUCUCAAUUAAAUUGGCAGAUUUCGGGUUGGCCACAUCAUCAUCACGUUCUUUCUAUGGUCCAACGGUUGAAGGUUCAUUCCUUUACAUGUCACCAGAAGUUUUCACACAGAAAAAGUUCUCAAGAGCAGCUGAUGUUUGGAGUUAUGGUGCUUGUUUAAUUGAAAUUCUCACUAAUAAAAGACCCUAUCAAGAGUAUGAUCAAUUGGGUUACCUCGAAUUGGCACGUGUUCGUGAGGAAGGUUUACCACCAAUGAUCCCUCCAGAAAUUGAAGGUGAUCUUAGAAAAAUCAUUGAAGCUUGUUUUCAUCGUGAUCAUACAAAAAGACCAAACUUUGAAAAUAUCGAACAGUUUUUAGAUGCAAUGACUGAUUCAUUAUUUAAUGUACAAUCUUCAAUUGAUUCUUCUUCUUCUUUAAUAUCAUCUUCACCUUCUACUAUUAAUAAUAAUGGUUCUAGUUCUGGUUCAAGUUCAACAUCAACUUCACCAAUUAAUACUAAUAAUAAUAAUAAUAAUAAUAAUAAUAAUAAUAUUAAUAAUAUUAAUAAUAAUUAUAAUAGUAAUAAUAGUAAUAAUAAUAGUAAUAAUAGUAAUUUAAUAAUACAAUCAGCAAAUAAUGUUAGUUCAGGAUCAUUAAUGCCAUCAUCACCAGGUAAAACAACUCCACCAUUAAAACAUAGUGGAUCGUUUUUAUUCUCAAGAUUACAACAACAACAACAAUAUCAACAACCUGCACCAGUUUUAAGUUCUCAUCAUCCAUCAUCAUCAUCAUCAUCAUCAUCAUCAUCAUCAUCAUCAUCAUCGUCACCAUCACCACCAACUACACCAAGAAAAGCUACAGGCGUACCAAUUCCACCAUUUUCAUUACCAUCUUCACUUUUACAACAAUAUCAACAAAAUCAAUUAGAUAAACAACUUUCAUCAUCACCUUCAAAUUCUUCAUUAACAAUGUCAUCAUCAACACCAAAUCAACCACCAACUCCAACACAAUCAAAUUUAAAUAUAGUUUCAACUUCACCAACUUCUAAACCAAUUGUACCUUUAAGAACUUUUUUAUCAUCAAGUAAUGAUAGUACAUGUAAUAAUAAUAAUAAUAAUAAUAAUAAUAAUAAUAAUAAUAAUAAUAAUAAUAAUUCAAAUGAAACAUUAGUAAAAACAAGUAGAGCAAUGACAGAUCUUACAUUAAGUGAUACACAAAAGAGUGGUGCAGUACCAUCAAGAUCAGUUACAAUUUCAGGUUCAUCAUUUAUAAAACCAAUUUCAAUUGAAAAUAAUAAUGUAAAUAGUAAUAAUAAUAAUAAUAAUAAUAUAGAGGCAACAUCACCAGAAAAAUAUAAUAGUCAUAGACCUUUACCAGUUUUACCAACAAGUAAUAGCAGUAAUAAUUUAAAUGGUUCAAUUAUUUCAACAUCAAAUCCAUCAGUUUCAUCAUCAAUUUCACAAAUGUCACAAUUAAUUUCAAAACAACAACAAUCACAACAACAACAACAACAACAACAACAAAAUACACCAUCUAGAAAUGUAAUAAUACCAAAUAGUAGUACAGCAAAUUCAUCAUCAUCUAAUUUAAAUAUAACAACACCAACUAGACCAAAACCAAUUUCAAGUUCAACAUCAUCAUCAUCUACACCACAAUUACCAAUUGGUGGUAAUCAACAUAGUCAUAGACCAUUACCAAUUAGAGCAGCAUCAUCAUUUGAAAUUAAGAAUAAUCAUUUAAAUCUUUCAUCAUCACCAGGUGAUCUAUUUUCAUCAUCACCAUCAACAUUUGAAAUAACAAUGAUGGAAAGAGAUACCGAGGAUUUAACUAAACUGAUUGAAUUACGUAGUCGUACUUUGAAAUGUUUAAAGGUUUUAUAUUACUCUUUCUUGGAUUCAAUUAAAUCUUUCUCUGAGAUUAAAGAGCUCAAGGAUUGCAUUGAAUUGGGUCAAAAAAUUAGAAACUUUAAAAAGGAUGUAGAGUUACAAUGUAUCGAACAUUUGAAAUUGGGUUGGGAAACUAUUCACGAUGCUUCAAAGAAAUUCAAUACCAAUGGCAAACAUUUACAAACUUGUCCUUCUCCACAUCCUUCCAAUUUCGAUGGUGAAACUUACAAUAAAGUAGUCCAAUUUAGAGAUGCCGCUGUCAUUGUUGGUGAAUCCGCUUUGGAUGGUCUUUUCUAUCUCAUGCUACAAUUAUUACCAAGUCAUAAUAACUAUAGAGUUCCAAUUCUAGAUAUUACCGUCUCUUCAACUGAUAAAAUACCUGAAAAAGAUUUAAUUGUUAAAAUCGCAAAAAUUGCAAGAUCUUUAAAAUCUUAA